CGCUGCCUAGAGAGCAAGGUUGACAUUGAGCAACUUUCUUGGCCUGUACUGUUGUGUGAUUCAAGGCUCAAGAAAGCACGCAGGGGACUGAUCACGGCAGAAGAUAAAGGCUGCACUCACCCAAUGCCGUGCAAACACGGAGGAUGUUGUAUCUACGCUGACGUCGCACUGGCUGGCAGUAAGGGGAGCGCACAGGCGAAGGAAUACCAAUGUGCUUGCAACCCUGGCUAUGCUGGAUUGUUCUGUGACAACGUGCUCUCGAUCUGUGCCAUUGGCAAUCCAUGUCAGAAUGGCGGGACGUGUCAGACUAUUGGACAGACAGGAUAUCGCUGUAGGUGCAAACAGCCAUUUCGUGGUCGAUACUGCCAAACGUAUUGGCCAGAAGAGCUGCAGUCAGCCGGAACCGGGAGGAAAGGAUUUCCCCAGCUUCCAAACCAAGGAGUAAAGAACCCAUCCACCAGUGCUACUGACCAUUCGCAAGCUCUGUCACGGUUCAAGUCAUCGCUGAAAUUCACACUGGAUGAGAAGCUCGCAAAGAUCGACGCACUACUCGAUAGAAGAGCUGGACGAAGUGAAAAGGCGAUAAUGUACCUCAAUCUUAGCAUGACCAUUAUCUCCGAACAUUUUGAGAUCUUAGGCAGUGAAAAAUGA